AGGUUUCCCUGUCGCCCUCUUACUCUAGACUCCAAUCUGGACUUGUAGCGACGAAUUUUCUUUGCGCGUACAGCACCGUUGUCGAAGACUUUUCAUCUGCUUUGCUCUCCUGCUGGCCAACCAUCUGUACUAUGGUCUAUGUCGACUCUGAUGUCUUUAUCCAUAUCACUAGUCCCACUAAUUCCAGAUUUUGCCAUCUUUCAUCUAUAUCUGUGUGACACUUCCGUCUCUUGGCACAAACAGAUGAAGGAGGUGGCCUAAUGGCUAUGCUCUACAUUCCCAUCUUCUUCCUACUAUUCUUGAGUUCAUUCUGCAAACCCGAUGACCAGCUCACACAAGGAAAGCCACUCACUGACCGCGACAUUCUCAUCUCCGAGAACAGGGUCUUUGCUCUGGGAUUCUUCUCCCCGACAAGCUCCAACAAGAGUUUUUACCUUGGCAUAUGGUACCACAGCCUCCCCGGGCCACAGACUAUCGUGUGGAUCGCCAACCGAGACGACCCAAUCAUCAACCCUUCGUCCAUGAUGCUCAAGGUAACUAACAAUUCUCGCAUGGUAUUAUCCAACUCCGAAGGCCGUGAUAUUUGGAUGGCAGCAAACAACAUCACUACUGAGGCGGUAGGAGCUUAUGCAGUAUUACUCAACUCAGGGAACUUUAUCCUCCGGUCUUCGGACGACCAGGACAUAUGGUUGAGCUUCGAUAAUCCGACCGAUACCGUCCUUCCAAGUAUGAGAUUUGUGGUGAGCUACAAGGCACAAGUCAUCGCACGGCUUGUUGCUUGGAAGGGCCCAGAUGACCCAUCUUCUGGGGACUUCUCAUGCAGCGGCGACCCAAGAUCCCCAGACCUUCAGUUGGUAACAUUGAACAAGGCUAGGGUAUAUUGCCGUAUCAUUGUGUGGGACGGUGUGUCGGUGUCCGGCCGCACAUUUCUAACCAUCACUAGCUCCAUCUUGUACCAAACAGUUGUCAACUCUGGAGACGAGUUCAGUUUCAUGUUCACCCUCUCCAACAACUCACCAUUCGUGCGCCUCAUGCUUGACUACACUGGCAAGUUGAAGGCUCUAGCCUGGGACAACCACUCCAUGUCAUGGACAGUCAUCAAUGAGCUCCCCAAUAAUGCUUGUGAUCUGUAUGGCUCAUGUGGCCCGUUUGGCUAUUGUGACUUCACCGAGGCCAUUCCAACAUGUCAGUGCUUUGAUGGGUUUGAGCCUGUAGACAGUAGUAACUCUUUUAAAGGAUGUCAGAGAACACAGGCGCUUAAAUGCCGCAAGCAAAGCCAUUUCACGUCUUUUCCUGGAAUGAAGGUUCCUGACAUGUUCUUGCAUAUACGCAACAGAAACUUGGAUGACUGUGCAGCUGAGUGCAUCAACAAUUGCUCGUGUACAGCGUAUGCUUAUGCCGACUUGAGUAGCGGAGGUGCUAUGGCGGAUCCGUCAAGGUGCUUAGUUUGGUUAGGGGAGCUUAUUGAUGCUCAGAAGGCAACCGGCGGUGGCGAGAACCUAUACCUCCGACUUGCCGAUUCUCCUGUUCACAAGAAAACCAGUCCAGUAAAGAUUGUACUCCCCAUUAUAUCAUGCCUGCUACUACUGGCAUGCAUAGUCUUCGUCUGGAUGUACAAAUAUAGAGGCAAAUGGGCAAAGAAGAAAAACCAGAAGAAACUGAUGCUAGGAUACAUUAGCACAUCCAACUCACUAGAAGGCAAUAAUACGGAAUUUCCAUGUUUUAGCUAUGAAGACAUACUUUCAGCAACAAAUUUUUUCGCGGAUUCCAGCUUGCUUGGACAUGGAGGUUUUGGCAAAGUUUACAAGGGCACAUUGGAAGGUGGAAAUGAAGUUGCUGUCAAAAGGCUUAGUAAGAGCUCUGGACAAGGUAUAGUGGAGUUCAAAAAUGAAAUAGUUCUCAUUGCAAAACUGCAGCACAAGAACCUAGUCAGACUUCUCGGCUGUUGCAUCCAUGAAGAUGAGAAGUUAUUGAUCUACGAGUACUUAGCUAAUAAAAGUUUGGAUGCCUUUCUUUUUGAUCAUGCACGAAAACAUGUGCUCGAUUGGUUGACAUGGUUCAAAAUAAUUAAAGGAGUAGCAAGAGGCCUUCUUUAUCUCCAUCAAGAUUCAAGAUUAACAGUAAUUCACAGAGAUCUCAAAGCAAGCAACAUUUUGUUGGAUAUUGAAAUGACUCCUAAAAUUUCAGAUUUUGGUAUGGCAAGAAUCUUUGGUGCAAACCAGAAUCAUGCUAACACAACCUGGGUCGUCGGAACAUAUGGUUAUAUGUCCCCUGAAUAUGCAAUGGGAGGUGCAUUUUCUGUGAAAUCGGACACUUAUAGCUUUGGGGUUCUUCUCUUGGAGAUUGUUAGUGGCAUGAAGAUUAGCUCACCUCAGCUCAACAUGGAAUUUUGUAGCCUUAUAUCUUAUGCUUGGAGAUUAUGGGAAGAUGGAAAAGCUACCGAACUGGUGGACUCCUUCAUUGUUGCGAGCUGCUCACUUCAUGAAAUUGUACGGUGCAUUCAUGUGGGACUUUUGUGUGUCCAAGACAAUCCAAAUGAUAGACCACUAAUGUCCUCGGUUAUGUUUAUGUUAGAGAAUGAAAGUGCAAUGCUUCCACCUCCAAAGCAUCCUGUAUACUUUGCUCUAGGUAAUUAUGAAGGUGAACAAGCCAGGGAGGGAAUGAGUUCCACAAAUGAAAUGAGUAUGACAAUGCUCAAGGGCUGUUAGUUUUUGCACAACUUAAUGUGCAUGAAUUUUAGUGUACAUCAAGAACUAUCUUUAUUUGAU